CUGGCAGCCGAUAGGCGGAGAGGGGCGGGGUGGAGGUCGCGCAGGGGCGCGAGGAUGGGUCCUCGCUUGGUUCCCUCAGCUGCGGGCGGGCGCGGGAGGUCCCGGCCGUGCUCCUCCCUGCCGGGAGCAGAUUAAGUUCAGUUAGUUGAGUUGAGUUCUUCAGUUAGAAGAACGUAUGGCUGUCAAACGAUUGCGCUAAGGCCUGAAAAGUUGUCUGGAAACAACAUCAGGGUGGAGGUUACAACACUGUGUGGCUUUCUAGAAGAUGACCAUAGAGGAUCUCCCAGAACCCUCCUUGGAAGGAGAUUCCCUCUUUGAAAGAGAACGGUUCUUAUUCCCAAAUUCUGAAACUUCUGUUACUUUUUCUGUUGCUGCUGCACCAAUGCCUUCAGACUGUGAGUUUUCCUUCUUUGAUCCCAAUGAUGCAGCAUGCCAAGAAAUACUUUUCAACCCCAAAACAUCAGUUUCUGAAUUGUUUGCUAUCUUAAGGCAGUGGGUUCCACAGGUCCAGCAGAACAUUGAUAUUAUUGGAAAUGAGAUCAUUAAAAGGGGUUGCAAUGUGAAUGACAGAGAUGGACUGACCGACAUGACUCUUUUGCAUUACACUUGCAAAUCAGGGGCUCAUGGUAUUGGUGAUGUUGAAACCGCUGUAAAAUUUGCAACGCAGCUUAUUGAUUUGGGUGCUGAUAGCAGUUUACGCAGCCGCUGGACAAAUAUGAAUGCCUUGCAUUAUGCUGCCUACUUUGAUGUUCCAGAACUUAUUAGAGUUAUUUUGAAAAAUGCAAAGCCAAAAGAUGUGGAUGCCACCUGUAGUGAUUUUGAUUUUGGAACAGCUUUGCAUAUUGCUGCAUUUAACCUAUGUACAGGAGCUGUCAAGUGCUUACUGGAACAUGGAGCAAAUCCUGCCUUUAGGAAUGACAAAGGGCAGAUUCCAGCGGAUGUGGUGCCUGAUCCAGUAGAUAUGCCCCUGGAAAUGGCAGAUGCAGCAGCCAGCGCAAAAGAAAUCAAGCAGAUAUUGCUGGAUGCAGUGCCUCUUUCAUGUGACAUCUCAAAAGCCAUGAUUCCAAACUAUGAUCACGUCACUGGCAAGGCCAUGCUUUUAUCGCUUGGCCUGAAACUGGGAGAUCGUGUUGUUAUUGCAGGACAGAAGGUUGGUACAUUAAGAUUUUGUGGCACAACGGAAUUUGCCAGUGGCCAGUGGGCUGGCGUGGAGCUGGAUGAACCAGAAGGAAAGAACAAUGGAAGCGUUGGAAAAGUCCAGUACUUCAAGUGUGCACCAAAACGCGGUAUCUUUGCACCUCUUUCUAAAAUAAGCAAAGCUUCCGAUCGCAAAAAAAGCUCUUUACGAAGUUCUUCCACGCGGUCUUCACCUUUGGUCAAAUCCAAGAAAAUAGACGUGACGCACAUAACUUCCAAAGUGAAUUCUGGACUAAAUAUGCCAAAAAAAGACAGUGCUUCUGAAACCAGCUUUAUGACUCCUAAAAGGGGCAAAACUGUACCUGCAAAAGACGGUUUUCCUGAGUACAGCAGCUCUUCCUCUUCUACUACCUCCUUGGAAGGCAAACAGAAUUACUCCAAGAAGCGGAAUGCAACUAGCAGCAAUAAAAAAGCAGUGACUAGAGUCUCUUCAGCCUCAUCUAAAAUUAGUGCUGGGUUGUAUAGUUCUCUUGCUACAAGAAAAAAUCGUUUUGAUGAAGGAGAAAUUCAAGUUGGAGACAGAGUGCUGGUAGUUGGACAGAGAACAGGCACUGUUAGAUUUUGUGGGAUGACAAAAUUUGCACCAGGAUUCUGGUGCGGAAUUGAGUUGGACAAGCCUCACGGGAAGAACGAUGGUUCCGUGGGAGGCGUUCAGUACUUCAGUUGUCUUCCCAGAUAUGGUAUAUUUGCACCACCAUCUCGUGUGCAGAGACUAACAGGUUCUUUGGAUUCACUCACAGAGACCUCAUCGAGUAAACUAAAUCACACUUUUCCAGGUUUUAGACGCAGUCUAAGCACCACUUCUGCGUCUUCACAGAAGGAGAUAAACAGAAGAAACUCCUUUGUUAGAUCUAAGAGCUCCGUGUUGCGGCGCAGCUGGAGUAAUACCACUACAGCUACCAUGGAGGGACCGGUGAAGCUGCAUGAAGGCUCUCAGGUUCUUCUGACCAGCUCCAAUGAAAUGGGGACAAUCAGGUACAUUGGUCCUACAGACUUUGCACCAGGGAUGUGGCUGGGACUCGAACUCAGAAGUGCCAAGGGAAAGAAUGACGGUUCUGUGGGGGACAAGCGCUAUUUCACCUGUAAGCUGAACCACGGGGUCUUGGUUCGACCCAGCCGAGUAACCUAUCGUGGGAUUAACGGGGCAAAACUUGUAGAUGAUAUUUGCUGAGCCAAAAUGUCCUCAUACAAUAGGAAAUAAGUAUUUAAAGCACACAAGACCCCAUCUAGAAUGGCAAACUUAUUUUUAAAUUAUUAAUUCUACAUAAGUAUAUAUAAGAUAAAUUUUAACAUAAAUAAAAAUAUAUAUAUAUAGACAAAGUUCAGUCGCAUUAAGAAGUAAAACCACUAUUCAGCUUCUGACUGGGAAGAUUAUUGCAAAAGCAUCUUGGGAUUGAGAUGCUGAAUUAUUUGAAUAAUGUUCCAGUUAGAGAAUGUGAGUAUCACCAACAUUCUCUGAAGCUGCUUUGUGAUUCAUGUGGUAUUUUCCUCCGUGUAGUAACGAACUGAUACUGCUUUGCACAUUGCCCGCUUUUGACAGCGGAGGCGGUUAAUGAGUGACAUUAGUGUGGUCACCAGGCACUUUGUCAGUUCCAAUGUCAGCUGCUAGCAAUAAGAAAGCAAAAAAAAAGAUCAAUUUUUUCAAGCAGUUGUGAAGUAUUUUUACAUGUUAUCAUUCAGAUCCCUCCUCUUCUCGCCCCUCCUGUUCUCCUCUCCGGAACACAAAAGGGCUGAUAAAUAUAAGUAUUUGUGGCUAUCCUAGUGUACAGCAGCAAUUAAAGACAAAGCCCUUAAAAAAGCACAAAUAAUGCUGCAUGUCAGUCUUUAUAGUAAAAAGCACUUUUUGCUGGAUGCAUUUGUAGAAAGAGCUACAUAUGAGAAGCACUCUUUAAAAUAAUGCACUUUGCACUCUCUUGGAGAGCUUUCCCUCAUUUUUAAAGACUUUUCGUUUGGUGUGCUGCAGACUAUCACAGUUUUUAAAUGCGAAUAAACCCAGAGUGGAACUAUACAUAAUAGCCUCAUCAUUAAUAUUAAGACUGUAUAAAUACAGCAUGGUAAUUCCUGCCAGUGGUAUGGAUUAUGUGCAGGGUUUUCAAGUAAGCUAUUACCAUGAUUUGAUUUGUUUGCAAUACAUUUCUUUUUGUUUCCUUUGGAACAGUUUGCAAUAUAAAUUUAUUUUAAGAGUCUUAUGAGAAAUGAAAGAUGGUUUUAGGUACAGCAUUGUUAACACACCUUGAUGUGACAUUAUUUGCAUAUCAGCUUUUUAAAACAGCUAACAUUUUGUCCAUGUUUUAAACAUAUAUUGCAUUUUAAUUGCUCAGCAUAUGUAAACGUUAUCAGGAUGGUUUAGUGUUCCAGAACAGUAAUUUUAUUCUUAGAUGAUCUGCUUGCUCUUACCUACUUGAAGAAGUGACACUUUAAAUUACAUCAUAAUAACCUAUUUUUAGACAGAAUUCUGCUGCUGUUACCUUCUUUUAAAUAUUGCUGUAGCUAUUUUUCCUGAGCUGUAUUUAAAAUAAUGCGUAUUGUAUUCUAACUUAUGUGACUUUUUAACUGAAUAAAAAAAGCUGUAAAUUUUGAAUGUAAAAAAAAAAUCAGUGCUUUGUAUUUGAAGAUGUAGAUGUUCAGUCAUAUACUGAACUUUGUCCAAUAUCUGUUUCUUCCUGGUGCUAGUAAAAUAAAACCCUGGUGAAUAGUUUGGCAAAAAUAA